AUUUUCAAACCGUUUUGCAACGGAAUACGACAACCGGGGAGGGACUUUUUGGACAAUUUGUCCAAUAGAAACUCUCGUUGCAAAACGUUUUACUUUUGGGAGUAAACGGUUUCCGUUGUAAAAUGUUUUGCAACAGGAUCUGACUAAUUAAUACACCCCUGAUUUAUUGCACAGUGCUAGAUAGAUGGACUGAAAACGCAUGCUCAAUCAGUGGUCAAGUGUAUGGUUGAAUGAUGGAGGUGGCCUAUUUUUGUGAGUGGGAGAAGAGACCCAAGAGUAACCACUGUCCAUCCAUCCCACUGGCGUGUGCCUGGUCCUGCAGGAACCUAGUUGCCUUUACCACAGACCUAAAAAAUAAAGAAGAUGAGAAAGGUACACAGCUGUGCUUUUGGUACUGAUCUUCUGACAGUUUUGAUGUUGUGCAAAGCAAAUCAAACAAAUCCCAUUGCCGUAUCAGUUUUGAUCCUAUAAACGGAUAUCAUUUUGCAUAUGUAAUUCAACGCCUAGUGACUUGAUUAGCAGAACAUGCACUGCAGCAGUUUGCUUUAUUUCAGAAGUCAGUCAUAUGGUCCACAUCAUUGACACAGAGCACCCAUGGGAUGUGUACUAAAUUUACUCUGGACAUGCCGAGGUCAUAUCCUGUCUGGAGUGGGACCAAUCAGGUUCCAGGUUGCUGUCUGCUGAUGGAGACGGGCAGAUCAAGUGCUGGGCGAUGACAGAUCACCUGGUGAACAGCUGGGAGACUUCACUAGGGAGUGCAGUGGACGGAGACCCUAUCGUAGCUCUGUCCUGGCUGCAUAAUGGAGUCAAGCUGGCUCUGCAUGUGGAGAUGUCAGGCUCCACCGACUUUUGGGGAGAAGUUUUCACGGGUCAAGUUCUCGCCGUCUCUCACGCUGUUCGGGGGUAAGCCCAUGGAAGGCUGGCUGGCAGUGACGGUGAGCGGCCUGGUCACGGUGUCCUUGCUGAAGCCCAACGGUCAGCUAUUGACCGCCAGCGAGAGCCUGUGUCGCCUGAGGGGCCGCGUUGCCCUGGCCGACAUCGCCUUCACCGGCGGGGGCAACAUCGUGGUGGCGGCAACGGACGGCAGUAGCUCCUCACCUGUGCAGUUCUACAAGGUGUGCGUGAGCGUGGUCAACGAGAAGUGUCGCAUCGACACGGAGUUGCUGCCCUCACUCUUUAUGCGCUGCACCACAGACCCGGUCAGGAGGGACAAGUACCCGGCCGUCACACACCUCAAGUUCCUCACCAGGGGGAACUCCGAGCAGCCUGACAAUGCCACCAGCCAUACUGCUCGUUCUGUGCGUGAUUUCCUGCAAGACAGGAAUGUCAAUGUUCUGCCACGGCCUGCGAAGAGCCCGGAUCUCAAUCCCAUUGAGCACGUCUGGGACCUGUUGGAUCAGAGGUUAUUACGGUGCUGUGAGAUGGGCAGCAUCAUCGAGUGCUGGUCACUGCGAAAAGAAGGCCUCCCUGUUAAUAACAUAUUCCAGCAUCGCUCACCAGUAGUGGGUGAGAAACAGCCGAUGAUCUUGAAAUGGCGUAUCCUCUCAGCCACCAAUGACCUGGACCGUGUGUCGGCCGUUGCUCUGCCCAAGCUGCCCAUCUCCAUCUCCAACCCUGACUUAAAGGUGGCGUCGGACACAAAGUUCUGCCCAGGCCUCGGCCUGGCUCUAGCCUUCCACAAUGGCAGCAUCCAGAUCCUCCACCGGCUGUCCCUCCACACUAUGGGAGUGUUCUACGGCUCCUCCUCGGGCUCCUCCCAGCGGCCCGGGGACGAGCCGGCCAUCAAGCGGCAGCGUGCCGGCGGCCACACCGUCCACUUCAAGGCCCUGCAGUUCUCCUGGACCUCGCUGGCCCUGGCCGGAGUGGACAACCGCGGCAAGCUGCACAUGAUCCGCAUGUCUCCCUCCAUGGGCCAGAUGUUGGACAUGAACACACUGCUGCGCCACCUGCUGUUCCUACUGGAGUACUGCAUGGUGACGGGCUACGACUGGUGGGAUGUGCUGCUCCACGUGCAGCCGGGCAUGGUCCAUAACCUGGUGGAGAAGCUUCAUGAAGAGUACAUGAGACAGAACCAAGCCCUGCAGCAGGUGCUCUCAACACGCAUCGUCGCAGUGAAGGCCUCUCUCUGUAAGCUGUCGGCGGCUACGGCAGCGCGAGCCUGCGACUUCCACACCAAGCUCCUCCUUAUCGCCAUUAGCGCCACCCUCAAGUCACUGCUGAGGCCCCACGUCCUCAACACGCCAGACAAGAGCCCCGGGGAUGGGCUGGCAGAGAUAUGCGCCAAAAAUACUGACACUGGGCUCCAUCGUGCGUCCCGGGCUUUGGGUUCCUGCGCGACGGAUCGUCCCUGGGCAUGCUGCGUGAAAUGACGGUGAUGAUCUGGAUCUGGGGCCUGCUGAAGCCUGGCUGCCUGCCCAUCUACACGGCCACCUCGGACAACUAGGACAGCAUGUCGCUCCUCUUCCGCCUGCUCACCAAGCUCUGGCUCGGCUUUAAGGAUGGGGCGAACAUGUGUAGCUGACUAUGUGGAUGCAUAGGUGCUCGCCUCUUGUCUUCCGUAAGCAAGCGCUAUAACAUGGAGAUAUGGUCGUGUGGGAACCCUAACCCUAUCAAGGUGUGGCUGUGUGACCAUGCUCCGCUCGCCCAACAAGACCAACGCAAUGAAGCAGUGGGAGCAACGCUGGAUCAAGAACUGCCUGUGCGGAGGCCUCUGGAGAAGGUUUCCCUCCACACUGUCCUGAGAUCAGUCAACGGACAACUAUUGACUCUGACAAGCCCAUGGACACCGCAAACCCCGACUCUAGAUCAGCCUUUGGAGUUUGGACAGUAGAUUGCACAGCGCUGCUGCCUCCUAGCAGAUGUCACGAAGGACAGAUUCCAUAUCCAAUAUGAUGAAGUAUAUCAAUGCAGUUGUAUUGCACAUAUGGCCAUUUGGAAAGGCUGUGAUCAUGCCGUCAUUGUUUCCUACCUGUAAAUAGGAACCACGUUUUUCAUGUCCCUUUGUAUAUGCAAACGCGUAUCAAGAAAAUAAAGCUUCUUGAGGACCUUA